AUGUCAAUUUGUGAAAAUGAAGAAACUCUUAACAAUUUAAUGAUCAAGAAUUUAUAGAGAGGUAAAGAAAAGGAUAAUCAUAGUGAUUAUUUUGAUUAUAAUCCUUUAACCUCAACUUAUAAAUGUUAUGGCUGUCAAAAAUAAAAACCAAAAUAAGUCUCACUUUUAUUGGCAAAUAAAAAAGCUAAAAAGAAAAAAAAGAUUUUCGAAACUUACAAAAUGAAUGAUAUUAUAAUAAAACCUUGGCAUCCAUUUUUGAGAGAAUUUUAAAAAAUAUUCAAAAACUCAAUUACUCCUUAACAUAAAUAACUUAAUUAUUAAGCAGAAUAUUAUAAACCAGAUGUUGUAUUACAAUUAUAUGAAGUAAUUCGCAGAUUAAGAUAAUAAUUAGAAGAAAAUGUGAAAUGCAUUUAAAAAGGAGAAAUUUCUGUAGUACCUAUUCUUGAAACCUUAGCAAAUUAUUCAAUAGAUGAAAUAGAAAUAAAUUAUGAAACAUUACACAAUAGUACUAAGUCAAUUCAGUAAGAAUCUACUAAGAAAUCUUUAGGCAAUUCAAGUAUUAGGUAUUAAAUGUAAGAAAAAAAGAUUUAACAUUUCAAAGAAUAAUUGGAAAUGACUAAAGAAUAAGUCUAAUUGUUAGAGUAAAAUAAUUCGAUAGGUUUAAAAUAGUAAAUUGAUAAUUAACUUAAAGCAUAAAAAGAAAUUUCUUAUUUGAAAAAUCUUUUAAAAGAAACUUAGGAUUAACUUUUGAUAAUGGAGAGAGAGUAUGAAUGGUUAAUAAAAGAAAAUUAUUUUUUAUUUUAGUAUGCCUAAUUAGAUAGACAUUAUUUAUUUAUUAAAAUAAUGGAAGUAUAUUUAAUUAUUAUAUGUAGUAAUAUCCAACUGAAUAAUUAAAAGAAACAGAUGUAUCUUAUUUUGAUAUAUAUUUAACGGAAUAAGAAAAAGAAUUAACUAAAAUUAAAUUAGAAAAUACAAAAUUAAGAAUUCAUGCAAAUCAUUUAGAAAAGGAGACAGAGGUGAUGAAAAAAGAAUCUUUUUCAUAAUUUUCAAAUGAAUUUUAAACUUAAGAAUAGAGAUGGAGUAAUGAAAAAAAUCAUUUAGAGAAAACACUUGAAUAAUUGAAAUAAGAAUUAGAGAUUAGUUAAAAAUUUGAAAAGGAAUUGAGAAUUCUAAAUUAAACUUUGUAAGAGGAACAUGAUAAAUUGAGAAAGUAAUUAUUUGAUUACCAAACUGGUAUGAAUAAUAUUAGUCAUUAAAAUUUAUUAUAGAGAUAAUAAAAUGAUUAAUUAUUAAAAUAGAAUUAGGAACUUUAAUAAACUCUAUAACAAAUAGAAUCAUAGGCUAUAGGUAGUACUAGAUAAUAAUUUAAUAAAAUGAGUCCGAAUGAUUAAGCAUAAUAAUUAGCAUUAAUAAUAUUAUCGAAAGAGCGUCCUAAUUAAGAAUAAAUAAAUUUACUUAGAUAAGUUUUUGGAGAAUUUACAGAUGAAAUAAUAUAAAAUUAAAUAGAAUAAAAUUAGAAUGAAUAAGCUGAAAAACUUAUAGAACAAUUAUAGGAUUUAAGAAAUUUUAAAGAAAAACUUGAAUAAUAAAAUAGAUUAAAUAAUAAGCAAAUAGAAGAAAUUAAAAAAGAAAUUGAUUAUGCUUUUUAAUAGAAUGAAAUAUAAUAAUCAUAAACAAAAGUUGGUAGAAAAUUGAAUUAUGAUGUUUAAGAUUAAACAUCAUUUUUUUAAUCUUUAGUAAAAAUUAAUGAGAUUUUGAAUAGUAAAGAAGAUGAUUUGUAAAAGUUGAAUCGAUUAAAAAGUCAAUCUCCUUUUAAUUAAAAAUAAGAUAUAUCAUAACUUCAUUGUUUAUUGUUAUUAUAAGCAUUAUCUUUAGAGGAAAUGAUAAUAAAUUAAGAAGAGAAUUAAAAAGAGAACUUCUCUGAUUAAGAUUUGAAAAGUUCUGAAGGGAAAGAAUAAUAAUAACCUGAAUUUUAUGCAAUAGAUGAAUAAGAAAUAGAAGAAAGCUCUUAAAAUGAUUAAGAUGAAGAAGUUGAAGAGAGUUCUAUUCAUUAACCUGAACCAUAUUAGGAUUAAGAAAAUUAAAGAAAGUGA